UCAUUGAGUUGGGCACAAUGGAUGGCAGCAAUAGCCAGGCACACACAGAGGAUUGGGUCAACGUUGCAGACGCUUGGCCAACUUCUAGUCUGAGGACCACCAGCAAGAGGACUGGGGUUGAACCCACCAUAUCAGGCGUCAGCCAGGCUGUGUUUCCAGAUGCUGCCGGAAUGGACGAUGGGAUGUGGAAUUCAGCAGCGCCAGGAGGCCCAGAGGAGGGCCCUGACCACACAGCAGCAGCAGAGACGUGGCUUCCGGAGCUCAGGAGCCAGAAGCUGAGGCCUGAGACAGGGCCAGGGAAGAUGCCGUCGACUGGGACCCCCCUGGAAGCACCUGGGGAGCAGCAAGAAGGCCAGAAUGAGACCAAGCCAGGGGGUGAGCAGGAGCUGCUGCCUCCCACGGUCCCGGAGGUGAGGGACAUCAAACUGCAGAGUCAGCUGGAGAAUGUGCAGGGGCAGCCUCAGGAGCGCAUGGUGGCCAUAGGGCCCCAGAACUUCGGGACUCCCUGGCAAGGCUUCAUGAAAUGCUUGCUGGAGGUAGGGGAGGAAGAAGAGGCUAUGCACCGGAGGGUCUCCAAGGUCCGGGGCCCAAUAGCCCGGAAGUUGCCCAGGAAUCUGACCCCCAUGCCCACCUCGGGCUCUGUCAGCAUCUCAACGCCAAGCCUGCCUCUGACACUGGCUCAGACCUACACCUCCACAACCCCCAUGGCCCUGUCCAGGGCCCGGCCCACUGCCCCCGGGCCAGUGUCUGUGCCUAUGGGAACUUCAGGUCCGACCUCAGUGCCCAGCGCAGCACUGCCAGUCCAGGAGGUGCACUUGCCCUGGAGGAGAGCGGACUUCUUGCACCAGAGUUAUGAAAGCAGCCUGAGUUACUUCAUGGCAUUGCAGCAGCAGGACCAGCACAGCCCACUGACAUCGGGUCCGAGUUGGGAGGACAGGGCCAAGGAGCAGCUCACCCAGAAGCAAGAAGAAGCCUUCCGCAGCUACUUUGAGAUCUUCGAUGGCCAUGGGGAGGUGGAUGCACGGAGCCUGGAGAACACCCUGCUCCUGGUGGGCAUCUCGCUGACCCCAGCCCAGGUGGAGGACGCCCUCAUAAGUGCUGAUAUCAAUGGAGAUGGUCACGUGGACUUCAAAGACUUCUUGGCCGUGAUGACGGACACCAAGCGCUUCUUCUGCUCUGUGGAACAGAAUGUCCUGACAGACGUGACUCCUCCGAACCCCCACACUCUGCUCUUCGAGAUCCUGUCCCUGAUGGUGGAGAUGCUGGCCUUGCCGGAGGCAGCCAUGGAGGAGAUCACCAAAUAUUACCACAAGAAGCUCAAGGAGGCCACCUGCAAGACGAGUGAGGCAGAAUCAACCUUAGGCCGGCUGCAGUUCCGGAGGAAGCUUCCCUACAACCCCCACCAGGCAGACAACGUGGAGGCCCCAGAACGAAGAGUCCUGAGGAUCCUGAGCCGGCUGAAGCAGCAGAACACUGCAACCAACCUACAGAGUCCCUACAGCCAAGUGCCCUGCAUCCCACUCUACCCCCGGCUGGACAAGAAGGUGGUCCGUGGAAAGCCGAACAACAUGAGCCCAGACAUUCGCAGUCUCCUCUAUAAGACACAACUUCAGGGAGGCAGGGAACACAGCUCUGACGGCCGGAAGUGGCUCAGCCCCAUGCCAGCUCGAACUCACUGAUCCUCCAGUCCCUACUCAGGCAGC